AGACUUCCCAAAGGUUUCUUUCUUUUCUAUCGUAAACGUCUUGGCGCACGAAUUUCUCAAGUUGAAAAUUCUUCCAUAUUCGUCGUUGGUUACAAAAAGUAAACUACUCCUUCAUACAUUUGAAAACAACCUAUGAAGUCCGUAUUGCUGCUAAAGACCCAGUCCAACCCGGUCGAUCCAUAUGUAGAUGCAUUUAAACAAUACCAACGAAAUACUUUUUUCUUAGCGGUUUUGCAGCAUCAACCUGUAAAUGAAAGCAUUCUACAAACCAGGCUUUCUCAAUUAUUGUCCAAUUAUUGUGGGUUGAUUGUGACCAGUCAACGAGUUAGUGAAACCCUUAGUGCUGCGUUGAAACAGCUAGACGAAUCUACUCAAAAUACAAUUUUAAGCUCGAUUCCAGUUUUUACAGUGGGCCCGGCCACAGAUGAUAGCAUUCGGAGACUCGGGUUUCAACAAACAUUUGGUAGAGGUUGUGGACGUGGUGAAAUUUUAGCUGAUCUCAUCCAAGUAUGGUACCAAUCCACUUGUCAAUCUAAGCCUUUGCUCUUCUUAGUAGGCGAAAAGCAUCGCGACAUCAUUCCUAGAAAAUUAGGAAAAACCCGCAUUGAAGAGCUGGUGGUGUACGUAACUCAAGAGCUCGAGCAAAGUCAAAGUCAAGUUGUAGAGAUCAUUGAAAAACACCCAGAAAUAGACUGGAUCGUUGUCUUUAGUCCAACACAACUAUGCUCACAAAUAGCGUCUCUUUCAAGGAAAUUAGCAACCAUAGGUCCUACCACAGGAAAUUAUCUUCAAAAGCUUGGUAUUGAGCCGAACCUUGUUUCGUCGGCUCCUAAUCCAGUCAGUUUAGCGUCAGAUAUAAACGAAUAUGAUCUAAAUAAUUAAUGAAUAAAACAUUUAUUUCUUAACGGAAAUUGACUUCGCGAUAAAUUAGAGCUUUCAGAACGGGGAUUUCCAGUUCCUCCUUCUUGCAAUAGAGAUCCACGAGGUUUGGUGGCAUGGGAGGUGCGUUUGGUUCAUCUUCUGGAUCAUGAUAAGCAGCUACAUACGGAUGCUCUAAAGCUUCCUCAGCAGUUAUACGCUUAUCAGGAUUAAAAGUAAGCAUACGCUCUAACAAAUCAAUGGCUUCUGGAGAAGCAUGGGGAAACAAGUUUAUGAACGGAACCUUCGAGGUGAAAGGCAGACUACGAAUGUAUUUGCGAGCCCGCGCAGAGCGUAUUCUGUUGAAAUCAUCCAUCGUUGGUGUUCCCAAAACGUUCAAAAUUAGCGUGAUCUGACUGUGAUAAUCUUUCCCUGGGAAAAGGGGGCGUGCAGCUAGCAUUUCAGCUAAGAUACAGCCAGUGCUCCAAAUGUCAAUGGCUUUGCUGUAGUCGCGAAAACUAAGCAUGAUUUCCGGAGCACGGUACCAACGAGUAGCGACAUACUCUGUCAUAAAUCCAGGACUUCCCUCUUGUAAUGCGGUAGAACGGGCAAGGCCAAAAUCUGCAACUUUUAGAUCACAGUUAGCAUUCAAAAGAAGAUUCGAUGGCUUCAAGUCACGAUGCACUACGCCGGCGCUAUGCAUGGCCUUCAGAGCACGGAGAAUUUGGUAAGUGAAAUAUUGGCAAUGAUCAUCGCUAAGAGGUUGAGAGCGGAUGACACGGUACAAGUCCGUUUCCAUAAGCUCUUGCACAAUGUAGACAUCUUCCAGCUCUUGAUAGCUAGGAGGUGGAAGGAUAUCCAAGAUAGCAAUAAUGUUUUCAUGAUGGAAGUGGCGUAACAGGCGUAUUUCGCGAAGUGUACGCAGAGUAAAGACAGGAUGGUUGAAAGGAUGGAUUUUUUUUACCGCAACCUUGAUACCGGUGGGUUUGUGAACGGCAGAACAGACAACACCAUAAGCGCCCUGUCCAAUAAGACUUGUCAUUUGGUAAUCUCUUGGUAAUUCAAAAUUAAGAUUAUGAAUAUGCGGGCUUCGACGAGCAUUGUUCGUCGAGCGGUUGUUCUUUUCAAGAAUAGCAUUAGCAGAAGUAACGCUGGCCAUGGCUUCAAUUGUAGUUAAUAAAUAAAAUAAGUAAAUAAAAGC